GCUUGUUGAUGGUUUAAGGGCGUUCAAGAAGGGAUCACCAAAUAUGAAUUCUCUUGUGGGAUUCGGAUCUGUUGCAUUUAUCAUCAGCGUGAUCUCACUUCUCAGCCCUGAGCUCGAAUGGGAUGCAUCUUUCUUUGAGUAACCGCGUGCAGGUCAUGCUUCUUGGUUUUGUGCUUCUAGGACGUUCUCUUGAAGAAAAGGCAAGGAUCAGGGCAUCUAGUGAUAUGAAUGAACUUCUUUCACUCAUGUCCACUCAGUCACGACUUGUAAUUUCUUCAUCAGAUAGCAAUUCCCCUACGGAUACUGUUCUUCGCUCUGCUGCUAUUUACACUGAAGUCCCCACUGAUGAUGUUCGAGUUGGAGUCACUGUUAGUUCUACCUGGAGAAACUAUUCCUGUAGAUGUAAAAGCAUCACAUGAUCUCUAUCAAAUUUCUCAUGGGAAGUGUUCUUGCAGGAAGAAGUAUUGUUGAUGAAUCCAUGCUUACUGGGGAAUCACUGCCUGUAUAAGGGCUCAAAGUCUCAGCUGGAACAAUAAACUGGGAUGGUCCUUUAAGGAUAGAGGCAUUGUCUGUUGGCUCCAACUCAACAAUAUCUAGUAUCAUUUGUAUGGUUGAGGAUGCUCAAGGCAAUGAGGCGCCUAUACAAAGGCUUGCAGAUUCAAUAGCUGGACCUUUUGUUUAUAGUGUAAUGACUAUAUCUGCAGUAACUUUUUCAUUUUGGUAUUACACCGGUUCACAUUUUUUUCCUGAUGUUUUGCUCAAUGAUAUUGCUGGACCGGAUGGAGAUCCUUUGCUGUUGAGCUUGAAACUUUCCGUGGAUGUCUUGAUAGUUUCCUGCCCAUGUGCACUGGGACUUGCCACACCCACUGCAAUCCUAGUUGGAACAUUGCUUCGAGCAAAGCAGGGACUUCUAAUAAGAGGAGGGGAUGUAUUGGAACGCUUAGCAAGCAUUAAUUAUGUUGCUCUAGAUAAGACAGGAACCCUUACUGAAGGAAAACCAGCCGUUUCUGCUGUGUCCUCCAUCUCUUACAAAGACUCAGAAAUUCUUCAAAUGGCAGCUGCGGUAGAGAAAACAGCAUUGCAUCCAAUUGCAAGGGCUAUUGUAAAUAAAGCAGAAUCAUUGAAAUUGACUAUCCCGGUAACAAGAGGGCAAUUGACAGAACCAGGUUUUGGAACCUUGGCUGAGGUAGAUGGAAGUUUGGUUGCAGUAGGUUCUUUGGAUUGGGUUCAGGAACGAUUCCAGAGAAGGACAAGCAUGUCUGAUCUAAAGGAUCUGGAAACUGAAGUGAUGUAUCAGUCAUCAGAAGGGAUGUCAUCAUCAAGCUAUUCAAAAACAGUUGUCUAUGUUGGACGUGAAGGGGAAGGCAUUAUUGGUGCUAUUGCAAUAUCUGACGGUUUGUGCCAUGAUGCUGAAUCUACUGUAAUUAAGCUCCAGCAGAACGGUAUCAACAUGGUCCUCUUAUCAGGAGACAGAGAAGAAGCAGUUGCAACCAUAGCAAAAAGGGUUGGGAUAGGUAGUGAAUUUAUCAAUGCAUCCUUGAAUCCGAGGCAAAAAUAUAAAGCUAUAACAAGUCUUCAAGCAGCAGGGCAUCGGGUUGCAAUGGUAGGUGAUGGGAUAAAUGAUGCACCUUCUUUGGCUCUUGCCGAUGUUGGGAUUGCCAUCCAGAAUGAAGCUCAAGAAAAUGCUGCAUCUGAUGUUGCAUCCAUUGUACUUCUUGGCAACAGGCUUUCACAGGUCGUAGAUGCCCUGGAUCUUUCACGAGCAACAAUGGCCAAGGUGUACCAAAAUUUAUCAUGGGCAAUUGCGUAUAACGUUGUCGCCAUUCCUAUUGCAGCCGGAGUACUGCUUCCCCAAUACGAUUUUGCCAUGGCUCCUUCACUUUCAGGUGGACUGAUGGCUUUGAGCUCGGUAUUUGUUGUAACCAACUCAUUGCCUCUACAGCUCCAUAAGUCGUAAACUGGGAGGAACAGAUAGAGAGCUAAUAUGCCUACGUUUCAACUUGCUUACGAGAUGGCCUGUAUAAAUAAUAGCGAGGUAAUCCAAACACCCAGGUAGUGGAAUAAAAAUGAGAAAUGCCUCUCUGUGCUCGUGUUAAUUCCACAGUGCAACCAUGGGAUGCUUUUCCAGUACUGGGCGAGCAGACAUUUUCAACUCUAUCUCCCACCCUGGACUCCCCGUCUGUUUGUCUUUUAUUUCUUUCACGUCACGCAAGUAAAACUAGAUGUUCCGUGCUUCACAUAGUUGAUAACUUGAAAUUUAUGAGAUCAAACACUUGACCAUAAAUUUGCAUGACAAAAAAAUAAGCUAAACCCAUUAUCCACUUCCAGUUUUUUUCCCGGAUUAGUUAAAAUAGCAUCUCUAUUAUCAAUUCAAUCAUGUAUUUUCAAAUUCAACCAAUCAAGUAUAAUCUCUUAAAAAUGAAAAUUUAUCUCAACGUACUGAGUAAUUUUCUUUGCCA